AUGAAGAACAACAACAACAACAACAACAACAACGACGACAAGGAGGAGGACGAGGAACAUCCGAGCAUGAAACUCACGGACGCUCAAGCGGAGAUGUACGAUCGUCAAUUGAGAGUUUGGGGAGUGUCUACGCAGUUGAAGAUUGCCAAAGCACGCGUGCUCAUACUUGGAGCAGAAUCGCCAACGCUUUUAGAAUGUGCUAAAAAUAUCGUGCUCGCGGGCGUAUCUAAAGUUAUUUUGUGCCGAGGAAAGGCAAAAGAAGAAGAAGAAGAGACACUAAGCUUCCUAGUUUCCGUGGAAGAUAGAGCGAAAAAGAUAUCCGUCGCAGAAGCAGCGGCGAAAUCGUUGCAAGAGAUGAAUCCUUUCGGUGAAGUUUCUGCUGCUGAUUUCAAAUUUGAAGACUUAGAAGAAGACAAAGACGCAGCCAGCGCAAUCUUAGGAGAGAACUACGACGUCGUCAUUUGCUGUGGACGAAGAGUGCACGCAAAUACCGUUAAACAUUUGAACGAGGUAUGCCGUGAACGAAAAAUAGCCUUCUUCUUGACGGAAAGUAGUUCGAACCAUGGAUAUUUCUUUAGUGACCUCGGUGACGCGUUCGAGUUCAUCGAACGGAAAAAACACGACAGCGAUAACAACGAGGAUGGAAAAGAAUCAGCUCUUUUGACGAAACCUUUCGAAUCGUUCGGCAGCGCGAUUCAGAAGACGUCAUUUGCAAACUUCAAACCAAAAAGGAGUUGUAAAUUCACACCCAUUUUUUGCGCGUUGAAACAGCUGGAGUUGAUGAAUCUCAAGCCGACCCUCGAGGAAGUACGCGAGCACAUCUCAAAGCUUCCAGAUGGAGAUAAAGUCGUUGAUGGUGUAUCUUUGGAAGACUUAGCGCUCUUUUUAGAUAAUAGGAUAGAAAUGCCCGCUAUAGCGGCUAUCGUUGGCGGAUUACUCGCCAAUGAAGUCAUCAAAUCAAUUUCGCACGCCGAAGAGCCGGUGUGCAACUUUUUUUGCUUCGAUGUCCUUUCCGGGAAAGGUGCUGUCGAAAAACUCGGUUGA